AGCUGAGAGAAAAGGCAGCCAGUCAGAGAAAAAAACCACCUCAACCAUACCACAGUACAGGCAGCAGCACUGGCAACCGCCGUCUCUUUGUUCUAUACUGGCUUUGACAACAGAAAAGUGUUAUUUAAAUAUUUUAUUCCUCAAUGCCAUCGCGAAAAUUCACGGAGAUGGACUCACACGGGACUGAGUACAUGGAUCAUUGUCGGUCCUACGCAAAGAGAAGGCGGCAUGACAGCGAACAGUCUGCCUCCAGUGGAACCAAUGGCCUGGAGUACACGGACCUGGAGGCAGCUGAAGCGCUAGUGUGUAUGAGCUCUUGGGGCCAGGGCCUCUUCCUCAGCAGCAACAGGCCAACCCCCUGCAAGCCCAGACCGCUCACCCCGGCUUCGGACUCUUGCGACUCCCUCCUGCCGCCAGAAAUUCCAGAGCCCCCAAAGGACUUUGUGUCUCUCUCCUCUCUGUGUAUGACUCCCCCUCACAGCCCCAGCUUUGUUGAGACUUCAACAUCCAGCACUGGCCUCCAGUCAAGCUCCAGCCUGGCUGUGUCUACAAAGCCCUGUGGGUCCGGACUCCAUCAACCUGCCCAGGCACCCAUUACUGAAAAGGCCCCUUCUCUCCCCCCUCCAUCACAGUCCUGCAGAGCCAUGGUGACCAGCGUCAUCCGCCACACCGCAGACAGCACCCCCUGCCAACACAACAUUCCAGUAGCCCCCAAUUCAGAGAAAACUAGAGACUCGGUAAUGGCUACAAUGGUCUGCCAGCAGCAACAACUGCAACAGCAGCAGCAGCAACACAUGACAAAGACUGAGCAUAUAAUAACACAUCCAUCUCCUCCUGCUCCUCUCACACAGUUAAAGACAGAACAGCAGCCCAGUCCCUCAAAAUCCUGUUUGGACAAUGUCCCCACCCCAACUCUUCUCAAUACUCAACCGCAAAACAGCCCACUCCCUCCCUCUGUUCCUGCAACCCUGUCCCCACCUCCAGUCACCAGCCCUCAAAUCAUAUGCCAGAUGUUCCCUGUCAGCAGCCAAUCAGGGAUAAUAUCAGCCUUCAUCCCCAGCGCGGUUCAGACAUCCAGUAGUGGAAUUCGGACUGCCACCACACCCAUCCUCCCCCAGCCCACCUCAGCUAACACCACCCCUGUCCAGCAGUCCCUCAUCGUAGGCUCAGCAGUGCCACAGGGCACGGUGAUGCUGGUUCUCCCUCAGUCCUCAGUCUCUCAGGCCCCUCACUGCUCUCAGACUGUCAUGACCCUGGGCAACACCAAGCUGCUACCUCUGGCCCCGGCGCCUGUGUAUGUGCCAGCGGGGCCCAGCAGCAGCACCGCAGCCACAAAAAUGGACUUUUCCCGCAGGAGAAACUAUGUCUGCAACUUUCCAGGCUGCAGGAAGACAUACUUCAAGAGCUCACACCUCAAGGCUCACCUUCGAACACACACAGGUGAGAAGCCUUUCAGCUGCAGCUGGGACGGCUGUGAUAAGAGGUUUGCCCGCUCUGACGAGCUCUCCCGUCACCGGCGAACACACACUGGGGAAAAAAAAUUUGUCUGUCCCGUGUGUGACCGGCGCUUCAUGCGCAGUGAUCACCUCACCAAACAUGCACGACGCCACAUGACCACAAAGAAAAUUCCUUCUUGGCAGGCUGAUGUUAGGAGCUUGAACAAAAUGGCUGCUGGCAAAACACCUCCCUCAAAACCUGGCCUUGCCACACUAAGCAUGCUGGUACCUGCCAGUUCAAAGUAGACAAUGAACACUGCCACCCUACCCACUCCCAAGAUGCCACAGGGAUAUAGGGAGCAGCCAAGCACACAAUGUUGCUGCUCUUUUACUCAUGGGAAUGAAAAAAAAAAACACAUGCACUGGACUCUUUAUUUCCUCUCUACUGCUCAUUUGUAUGUGUAUUUUUCUCUAAAGGAUUCUUAUGUUUACUUUGAUAUAAGUGAUGCACCCUUGCCAAAGCCUAUGUAUGAAGUUUGUCUUAUACAUUUCACUUUCUCCACCCCUCCCACAACACUUUUUCUUUAUUGUGUUAAUAUAUAUAUAUAUAUAUAUAUAUAUAUAUAUAUAUAUAUAUGUGUC